AUGGAGAAGUCUGUCUUACGAGUCACCUCUUUACUGCAUUUACUUUUGAAAUUAGCUUUAACUAAAUCUUUCUAUCCCACUAACUAUCCAACUAUUCAAGCAGGUUUAUCUAGUUGGGAGCAUGCUCUUUCCUCGGGUCUCCUAAAUCCAAUCUCUUAUCCAUCUACUCCUCUGCUGGGUUUAAAGCCUCUUUUACCAAGUGUUGAUUUCUCAACUUGGGUUAAAGUAGAUACCAUCUCCUUAAGAGAUAUAAGCGAUGGAGACUCGCUUUUGUCUUUUCAGGAGAUCAGGGAUAGUUGCCCAUCCAAACGCAUCAUUCCUUCAAGCUUAAAUAGGAAGCUGAUUUGGUCCAACCUAUUUACGGAAUGUGCAUCAGAGAACAGAAGCUUGGCUGAUGGGCUCCUGCUCCUUGGAUUGACUAAUGAAAGGGACAUAAGCAUCAUACUCUUUUUAUUCUUUUUGAUGAUCUAUAUGGUAACCCUGUCGGGAAACAUAACCUUAAUUUCACUCACUAGAACUGACACCAAUUUAAGAACGCCUAUGUAUUUUUUUCUAACUAACUUCUCUUUCCUAGAGAUAGGGUAUACAGCAGUCACUGUACCUAGAAUGCUCUUCGAUCUUUUGUCUGGAAACAAGACUAUAUCUUUUGAGAGUUGCCUCACUCAGAUGUAUUUCUUUUUUCUCUUUGGCACCACAGAAUUCUUUAUUCUGGCUCUAAUGGGAUUUGACCGCUACCUGGCCAUCUGCCAUCCACUUCAUUAUCCCAACAUCAUGAACAAACGAUUCUGCUACCAGCUAGUUUUUGGAUCUUGGAUAAGUGGAUGUAUGGUCCCAACUGUACCCACAAUUGUACUCUCUCGAAAGCCAUUUUGUGGGCCGAAAAUCAUCAAUCAUUUUUUUUGUGAUGUUGGACCUCUGGUGAAGCUCUCAUCCCCUAACACACUCUUCUUAGAUAUUUUUGUCUUUAUGAUCUCUGCUGUUGUAGUCCUUGGUUCUUUACUGCUUGUUACAGUUUCUUAUGUCUUCAUCAUAUCUGCCAUUUUACGAAUAUCUUCAUCUUCUGGACGACGCAAAGCUUUCUCAACCUGUGCUUCCCAUUUUUCAGUUGUAAUAAUUUUCUUUGGUACUGUGAUAUUCAUGUACAUCCGACCUUCCUCUGGAGAAGAUUUUGAGAUGGACAAGGCUAUAUCCAUCUUUUACUCUGUUGUUACACCUGCAUUGAAUCCUCUUAUUUACAGUUUAAGAAAUAAUGAGGUAAAAAAGGCUUUGAGAAAAGCUUUUCAAAGACAUAGAAACUCCUGGAAAGAAUUGGGAGUUCUAUAUUCCAUCAAGUUGAAGUCACAUCCCACCUUGGAAGAGUUAAGGUUCUCAUCCUAUUGCAGCUCGGGUGUGGCUUUAACAAGUCAAGGUUACCUAGCUAGUCUGCGUCAAACCUCGGAAGGUGAACAGAAGAAAGGAAAGAUUGAAUAG